UUAAAUGACGUGGAGGUGGAACCCAAAACCUGUCCAAACAGAGAGAGAGAAAGAGGAGAGAGAGAGAUCCUCUUCCUCCACCACCACCACCACCACCGCGAGACGCCGUCGUAAAGCAAUACGCCGGUGCCUCCCUCCUUGAAUAAAGAUCUGCUCAUUCGGGGGGGCAAUGGGCAGCAAGAAGGUGUUCUCUCCUCACGUGAUUGUGGUAUCAUUAGCCAUCGCUUACAUUUACUUUUCAACUCUUUUCGUAUUCCUCAACCAAUGGUUUGGCCUCCGUUCCUCUCCUGGAAUCAUCCACGCUUUCCUUUUCACCGCCCUUGCCCUCUUGUGCGUCUGCAACUACGCCCGUGCCAUGUUCACCGACCCCGGCCGUGUCCCUCCCUCCUUCGCACCCGACAUCGAGGACCCCCAUCACCCCAUCCACGAGAUUAAACGAAAGGGUGGGGACUUGAGAUACUGCAAGAAAUGUCGUCUAUACAAGCCACCUCGUUCACAUCAUUGUCGUGUAUGUAAACGAUGUGUUUUACGAAUGGAUCACCAUUGUGUGUGGAUGAAUAAUUGUGUGGGCCACGCAAACUAUAAGGUCUUCUUUGUGUUUGUGGCAUAUGCUCUCCUUGCAUGCCUAUACUCUUUGAUUUUGCUUGUAGGUAGUUUGACUGUUGAUACUCAGCAAAGUAAAGGUUCUUACAGAAGUGUAUACAUCAUUUCGGGGCUGUUGCUAAUUCCCCUUAGCAUGGCUCUAGGCGUCUUUCUCGGGUGGCAUAUAUACCUAACGCUACAGAACAAAACCACAAUAGAGUAUUACGAGGGGGUGAGGGCCAUGUUGGUUGCAGAACAAGGAGGGAAUGUGUACUCGCAUCCAUAUGAUCUUGGUGUCUAUGAAAAUCUGAUUACAGUGCUGGGUCCGAAUAUCCUUUGUUGGUUUUGUCCUGUGUCAAGCUACAUAGGAUCAGGUCUUCGGUUCCGAACAGCAUAUGACCGUCGUACAACUGUAACAACUAUUACUACUACCAGUUGAUGGGAUGUAAUAGGCUGCAACUCUGUUAUAUAAACCAAAUCAUGGAUGGGUGUGUGUGAGACUAAUGAACGAUAUAGCGUACUAACUGUUGUAACAGGCUUCCUUUUUGGGGGGGAUAGAGAAGAGGUUUUACUAGUGCUUGUAGAUACUAUAUGUCACAUUUUCAAAGGGAUAUAUGAUAUACAUAUUACAUGAGUCUUGUCUGCUAAA